AUGAGGUUAUCAUCACUAGCGUUCGGCGCCGCAGCCGUGAGCGUGGCAGAUGCCUGGGGUGGCUUCGGCCACAUCACCAUAGGCUACCUCGCCUCCUCCCUUAUCAACCCCAACACAACAACCCUCCUCCAAACCCUCCUCCAUAACACCACCGACUUCUACCUCGCCGGCGUCGCCACCUGGGCCGACUCGGUCCGCUACACCAAAUGGGGUCGCUUCACCUCGGGCUUCCACUUCAUCGACGCGAAGGACAAUCCCCCACACUCCUGCAACGUCGACAUCGAACGCGACUGCAAGCAGACUGCGGGGUGCGUGGUCACCGCGUUGGCGAACUACACCACCCGCUUGAUGGACGAGAGUUUGUCGCGGUCGGAAAGGGCCAUCGCGGCCAAGUUCGUGGUGCACUUUGUGGGGGAUCUGCACCAGCCUUUGCAUAACGAGGAUGUUGCCCGCGGGGGGAAUGGGAUUCCCGUGUUGUUUGACGGGGCAAGGUUGAAUUUGCAUCAUGUGUGGGAUACGAGUAUUGUUGAGAAACUUGUUGGCGGGGGGAGAGGGCUCAGAAGGAAGCCGUAUGAGAUGGCGAAACGGUGGGCGGAGGAGUUGGUGAGGGAGAUUGAGGGGGGCAAGUUUAGCAGAGAUAAGGAGGGCUGGUUGAAGGCGGCGAAUCUUUCGGAUCCGGUCGGGACAGCGCUGGAGUGGGCAAGGGAGGGGAAUAGUUAUGUUUGUUCGACUGUCCUCCCCGACGGGGUGAACUCCAUUGUCGAGCAGGAACUGGGCGGCGAAUACUACCAAAAAGCGGCCCCCGUGGUAGAGGCACAGAUCGCGAAGGCGGGAUAUCGGCUGGCCGCCUGGCUGGAUAUGAUAACCGCGAGUCUGCAUGCCCAAGCGCUGACUUGGACGCCAGAAGAGAGGCAAAGCCCUUCCCCGCCAGGUGAUUUGUAA